CCGUUGUGCCGUAAUGUGUUCUUUUAUCUGGUUUUAUUGCUAGCUUGAGUUUUGUGGUGAUAUUAUUGGCACAGCUUUGGCAAAGUCAGUGCGCGAGUGGUGGGAAUUUUUUGUUUGCCUUUGUCCUCUCCGACCCCUUGGCUGUCGGUAUCAAGCUCAAGUGAAGUAAAACGGUGGGGGAUCUGAAUUGAUUAGUCGCCCCGGGGUUAUUGGCUCCGCAGCCCCUGGCUCGCGGCCUCUCCGCAGCGGCUCUGAAUGCCGGCGGUCAAAAGUCACGCGAAGGUUGAAGGGUCACGUUCAAUGAAAGCGAGGGGAGUUUGCUUCUCAUAGCCCUUUGAGCCGUGUGGAGACAAAGAUGAGUCACACGCCAUUGAAAAUGUGUCGCUUUACGUCUUGCCACCUGACCGUGGCAUCUCUGAGCUUUGUGUGAAUGAUGGGUGUAAACUGACCGACGCGUCUAGACUUCGACUUGAACACAACCAAACGUAAACAGCAUGUUUCUAUGCAUGCACUAUCAGUGUCAAGUUACACAUAUUUCUUGCCACUUAUGCUGUGCGCGCCUACUCAAAAUGUUUGAUUCUUUCUCAUUCAGAUAGCCUAUCUAGUCUUAUUAAUCCCACAUUUAAAAAGUUGUCUAUGUUCAUCAUGACAUAUUUAAUAUCAACAUUUUAUAUGUUCUAGAUAAACUAGAUCAAAUUACACCAUAGCCUACUUAUUGCGUAAAAGUGGAUUGCGUAAAAAACUGAAUUGGACACUUAUGUCAACUUAUUUGUCAGUGUGCAUUUAAUUAAUUAAUUAAUUAAAUUUCACCUUUAUUUAACCAGGUAGGCCAGUUGAGAACAAGUUCUCAUUUACAACUGCGACCUGGCCAAGAUAAAGCCAGUGCAUGGGUUCACUAGCAAACAAAAAGUACCUCCUGUUAGGAAACUUCUCAAUCAUGGCCCAUUUAUAUGAGCAUUAUGAGCAACACUUCUAGAGUGUUUGUCUGGACGCAUGAAACAUUGAUGGAUUUCUCGCCGGAAUGUUUGGCCCCGUGCGUACUGUUGUUGGGACAGCUUGACAACACCGCCCUAUCAAGAUUCCUUUGAUGUCUUUACAAUGUUUGUCCAGUUGCUUAGCGCAUGGUGCUGCUCCAUAAAAGUUUCAGACACUGGACAACCAUGGGGGCGGUCAGAGGCGCUGCCCUUCCUACCUCUAGUCACACCAAAACCGAUAUUGCGUCUCUCUAUCUCUUUGUGUAGUGAGUUGACUCCGCACGCCUUGGAAGUCAGCGUAGAUAUAGCAUGAUUUUUCUGUUGUUGCAGUUUUUUGUUUUAGUCUAACGGUUUUGCGAUUUGAUCAAACCAGAGUGGAUUCACAUGUUAUUUUUGACCUCUUAUUCGAGGCUACUUGUUGAAUCAAUGUACAGCGCAGAGGGAGAUCUUUUUGUUGGACAAUGGUAUUCAUCUGAAAUUUGAGAACCGUUUCUCUUGCGUGGCGAGCGACAAAUUGGCACUUGUACCAAGAUUGGUUACGCACAAACUGGAUGGCUAAGUUUGAACAGAAUGGACGUAUUUUCUUGAGGGGCUGCACGGAAGUUAUGGAACUUGUUGAUGGAUGACUUUCAUGAAACGUUCCUUUUAAAAUGAAUAUAUUUUCCCUCAGCCGUCGAGGGGUUGGAGGUGGAAAGAACGUGGACACAAACCAGAAAAAAACACUUAUAUACCCAAAAGGACUCUUAUCAGGACGCGUUGGUUGGUCCUCUCUUGUGUUUUUGGUUUGCCUCUGCGUAUUCCCACAACAGACGUGGAGUGCAAGUCUAGCUGGUUCCAAAGUGGAACAUCCAGGAGUUUGUCCCAACAAGCUGAAUGCUAACCUUUGGGUUGAUGCACAAAGCACCUGCGAACGGGAAUGUGAAGUUGACGAGGACUGUGCUGGCUUUGAGAAAUGCUGCACCAAUGUGUGUGGACUCUUCAGCUGUGUGGCCGCCCGUUUCUCUGAUGGCACCCCUGCUCAGCCGGAUGGCCAGGGCGGAGGAGAGAAGGGCUCCGGGGGCCAGGGCUCCAUCGCCACCUGCCAGGGCUUCAUCUGCAGCCAACAGGGGGCCACCUGCGACAUCUGGGAGGGCCAGCCCAUCUGCAAGUGCCAGGACCACUGCGAGAAGGAUCCCAACUUCACCUGUGCCUCCGACGGACUCACCUACUUCAACAAGUGUUACAUGGACGCUGAGGCGUGUACACAGGGUGUGACGCUAACUGUGGUGACCUGCCGGUUUCAUCUAUCUGGGCCUCAAACAAGUCCACUCCCCCAGGACACAACAGCCAAUCCAACGCUGACAUCCUUCCUGGAAGACCCCAUUCCCCCAACGCUCUUCUCCAACCCCAGCCACCAGUCGGUCUACAUAGGCGGCACGGUGAGCUUCCACUGCGAUGUAAUGGGUGUCCCGCGGCCCGUCGUGACCUGGGAGAAGCAGAGCGAGCGCCACGAGAGCCUGGUAAUGCGGCCCGACCGGAUGUACGGCAACGUGGUCAUCACCAACAUCGGCCAGCUAGUCGUCUACAACGCCCAGGUGUGGGACACAGGCAUCUACACUUGCGUCGCCCGAAAUGCAGCCGGGGUCCUCAGCGCCGACUACCCUCUCUCUGUCAUCCGUCGGACCGAGGACGACAUCUUCUCAGAGGACCCCGAGAUGGCAGGCAUGCCCAUGGGGCCCCCGUUUUCGCCCGCCGACUGCCUGGCGGAGGUGGACCGGCGGGAGUGCUCCGCCGAGCGCCACGUUGACUGGUACUACGACGCCGAGCAAGGUACCUGCCUGGCCUUCUCCAACGGGGGCUGCGAUGACAGCCGCAACCGCUUCGAGACCUACGAGGAGUGCCAGGCAUCCUGCCAGAGGGAGGGGAUGGGGAUCUGUUCCUUACCUGCGGUCCAGGGCCCCUGCAAGAGCUGGGAGGCCCACUGGGCCUGGAACUCCCUCUUGAAACAAUGCCAGGCCUUUGCUUAUGGCGGUUGCCAGGGCAACGGCAAUCGUUUCCGAUCCAAGAAGGAGUGCGAGGCAAACUGUCCGCAGUCCAAACGACGAGCGUGCAAAACAUGCCGGGUCAAAGGUAAAAUCGUCCCGAGCCUGUGCCGGAGCGAUUUCGCCAUCGUCGGUCGAUUGACGGAACUGAUCGAGGACCUCGAUUCUGGGAUCGCCCGGUUCAGUCUAGAGAAGAUCCUCCGCGACGAGAAGAUGGGCUUGGCAUUCUUUAACACCCGCCACCUAGAGGUGACCCUGGCUAAGAUGGACUGGAGCUGCCCCUGCCCCAACAUCACCAUGGAGGAGGGCCCCCUAUUGGUCAUGGGGGAUGUACAGGACGGCAUGGCCGUGAUACAACCCAACAGCUACGUCAGACCCAUCUCCGAUAAGAGGCUGAAGAGGAUUCAUGAAGUCUUGGAGAAGAGGACCUGUGAGAUGCUGCAGAGGUUCCGGGACUAGGGGCUCUAUUCAAUUCGUAUCUCGGAAGUUCAGCGUUACAGUGCGAUUUAAAUUUAAAGGCAAUUCUCCUGCAUUUGAGGAGACUGCAUUCACGGUAAACACUGCAAAUGUCGGCUCAAUAGGAAAUGACCUUUACAUUUCUAUCACGCAAUCUGUAACGCUUCAGCGAGACAGAUUGAAUAGAGCCAUAGGACUGAUCACCUCAACUUGGGCUGUCAGAGCAAGACUAAUAUACAAAGACAUAGCCCUACAAUGACAUUUUCUGAAAUGGAAUGCACCGUACAGGUUAUGAGAAACUCUUUGGUGGAGUUUGUGUCAUGAUGUACUGUAUCAAACCACAGUCCAUUUCUUUCUGACACUGUUUUCAUUGCCCCAUCAAAUCAAGCACUGACUUUUCAAACAAUACCAAUGUUGUACAUAACGCAAUCAAAUCGAGAUUUGUAAAUACCAUUAUUCAAAUAGGUUUAUUCAAAUGUAAUGUUUCACGUGUAAGAUUUGUAUUCACUGUAACGUGCUGUACUGUUUUCUAGUGAUAAUUCUAUGCUGAAGUGGUCUAAUGUUUCUCCUUUUUUGAAAUCCCAUAACUUCGAUGCUUACUUCUUAAUAGUAAAUUAAUACUCCAAGUUGAUUGAAAAAUGUAAUACUUUUUUCUACACUUUUCUGAUGUGGGUGUCAUGCAAAAGCACCUUCCUACAACAAUCCUAUUCAUUUUAAUCAAUAAAGGCGAGCACCAUA